GAGGACCCAGUUACCAAUACCCUAAGCUCCAUGGGCCCAGGGACUGCAUUUUAGUAAACCCCCCUCUCUUGUUUUACACAUAGGAGAUGAUGGCCCCUACGUGAGUUUGAGGGAUUGUGAGGACAGGGUUAAUGUCUUGUUGAUGUCUCUAGCCUCCGUCCUGGACUUGGACUUGAUGCUUACUCUACAAAGGACGGCCACAGAAAUGAGGGUCAUCUUGGAGCUAGAAGGGGUCCAUAAGGCAGGUCCCAGCCUCAUGGGGGACUGUCUCAUCCAUUUCAUCUUUAUUCACCAUAUUAAGUACCUGCUAUGUGUCAGGCAAUGUUCAUUCGUAGUAGUGAUCAUAAUGAUAAUGGUAAAUAUGUCCAGUGUCGAAUUAGUAUUAGAGAAGGGAGAUAAGUAGUAGCGACUCUUCAAAGUUAAUUGUUUUUUUAAUGAGCUGCUGCUUUACCAUUGCAUGUAGUGUCAUGAGCAGGAUAGUUAGAACGGGGUCCCAGAGUCUCAGUCAAAGGCCUUAGUAAUUGCAAGGUUCUGAGGAUAACUGCUUCUCCAGCCACCCAAGCAGCAGGUGACCUUGGCACCCUCGGAAACCCUACUCUCGGCACAUUUAACUGUCGCCACUUCCUAAGUGCAAAGAAACCAAGGUUGUGAAUGUGUUUUCUACAGUGGCAAGUGCUGAUGGCCAGUGUAGAAAACAAAUUCCUUGCCCUCUAAGCAAAUCUGACCUUGACUUAGCCAGGGGUGUGUGGGGUGCCCAGCAAGGAGGAUCGACUGAGCACCCUGUGUUCCCCCACCCAUGGGGAACCCCUGAACAAAAUCAGGGCUCCCGAUCAGGGCUCACAGGGCAGAGAGGAGCCUGGAAGUGCCACAUUUUCUGGUGGAUUUACAGUUGUUGUGGGCAUGAGAAACAGAUUGAGGCGGAGGACAGAGCAGUGUGGCUGGUGUCAGCGGAAAGGAGGUCUCCUCCCAGCUCUUCCACUCAGCAGCCCAUGUGAGCAGGUGCACAUCCUUCCACUGUCCUAUCAGGCCAGAGUUUAAGUUCUGUCCUUCCUUCUUCACAGGGCUGCCACUGAGACAGGCAAACAAGAUCAUGCAGGAGGAGUUUUGUAACGUGUAAACAGCUGUUUGAACUGGGAUGUUGUAAGAUGAAAUAAAGGCGCCCUUUGACUAUUCAGAUCAAAUGUUUUGUGACCCCCAUAGUUCUGUUGGGGCCACUGCUCCCCAAGUAUUUACUCACCCAAGAGAGUGUCAGCAGUGUGACUAGUGGACUGUGGCAGGAAGGAUACCUCUGGGGGAUGGGAGGGGGCUGCUGCACUUUAUAUUCCAAAGAAGGAAUGUACUGAUGUACAUUCAUGGAAUGCCUGGGAGGCACUGAUUUCAUUCUUCUCCACUGACGCACUACGUACUCAUUAAACAAAAAAGCACAAUUAAGUGUUAGAAUAGUAGCACUGACUCAGUGUCAGGCUCUGUCUAUAGAAUAGUAGCUCAUUGAACACUCAUAAACCCCAGAGGCUAGGUUCUGUUGUCAUCCCUAUUUUACAGACAGGGAAACUGAGUCACAGAACGGUUAAGUGACUCGCUCAAGGUUGCCUGGCUGGUAAGUGGCAGGGCUGGAUUAAGACUCAGGCAUUUUGGCUCCAGAGCCCAUUCUUAGCCACUUGUCUAUACGAUCACCACAGUAUAGGGAGCAUGAUGCCAAAUGAAAUGAAGGGGAGAUCAGGAAAUAGUGCAGAGGGUAGUGAAAAAUGAGAGGGUACAUGUCCACGGAGAAGGGCGUUCUGGGCAGAGGGAGCAGCAUGGGCAUGACACUGCGCAGUCUAUUUGGGGCAGCUGCUGGUAAUUAGAUAUAACUGGGGUGAGGGACCAGGGUCAUACAAGAUGGGGAGAAGCCAUCAGGGGCCAGAGCAGGAGAGUUCCUCGCUUUGCCAAGAGGCUUAGAAUCUUCUCUGUCUUCCUCCCACUGGGGCUGCCGGUUGGUUAGUUAAGCAUUCCUUUGCUGCUGUCUUCUGUCCAGGUCUGUGGCUCAAGACAUCCCCAAGUUGCAGAAACUGGGCAUCACCCAUGUCCUGAACGCUGCUGAGGGCAGGUCCUUCAUGCACGUCAACACCAAUGCCAACUUCUACAAGGACUCUGGCAUCACCUACUUGGGCAUCAAGGCCAACGACACGCAGGAAUUCAACCUUAGCGCCUACUUUGAAAGGGCUGCAGACUUCAUUGACCAGGCCUUGGCUCAAAAGAACGGCCGUGUGCUCGUCCACUGCCGCGAAGGUUACAGCCGCUCCCCAACUCUAGUUAUCGCGUACCUCAUGAUGCGUCAGAAGAUGGAUGUCAAGUCUGCCCUGAGCCUCGUAAGGCAGAACCGUGAGAUCGGCCCCAACGAUGGUUUCUUGGCCCAACUCUGCCAGCUCAAUGACAGACUAGUCAAGGAGGGGAAAUUGAAACUCUAGGGUUCCCCUGCUGCCUCUUCUCUAGAAGUUGGACAGGGGAGGCCCUGGUUGAGGUGUCCCAAGCUGUCAUGUUUAGGAAACACAGUGUACCCUGCUCCCAGCAUCACCAGGCACUUGCCCACAAAUCUGUCCCAAUACAGCCCUGGGCCACUUUCCCCUGAGGAGCAUAUAAAGAAGCUUGCUAAGAAGGACAUUCUUACUCCCUGGUGUGUCUUGUGCCUGCAAUUUAUGAUGUCCUCUUCCUGAGGUGGGUUCGCAGAAGGGGAAGGCCUGUGACAUGCAUGCUUGUGGAUGACCCAGGCCAGUAAGUUUGUGGAAUCGUAAGGCCUGAGGUGCUCACGGGGGCCCUUCCCGAUCUUCUCCAUCCCCCACCCCUGGGUCCUCUCCUGAGUGGGGAAUGCAACACCUCGAGCCCUGUAAAGGAACUAUGCAAACUCGGGCCCUCUCUUCCCCACAUCUGUCUCCCCCGUCUCCUCACAGUCACCCACACUCUGCUUCUAGGCAGAGACGUGUCGUGAGGUCUGAGGUUGGUGUGGGGUAGCUGUCGGUUGUUAAUGGGUGGAAAUUCCCAUGAAGAGACCACAUUUUAAUGAUAGGAUUAAAGAUACCUAAACGAAGAGGCCCUCAGGUGGGCAGAUUCCCCUGAAUCGACAGUUCCUAAAAUGUGAACCCCUGGAAGGCUUGAGCUCCGAAUAGUUCCCUGAGGCUGCUCUUAGUCACUUGGUUUGUUAGAAGAGUGAUGCCUCAGGCAUGGUUUUAUUUUUCUUUUUUAGAAAACAGGGUGUUGAAGUCCAGCCUAUUUAAAAACCCCACCAUUUGGAGAAUUACAAGGGUUUUGUCCUGAAUUAUAGUGUUGGUGAGCCCAAGCCACUCGUGCUAUCUGCUUUUUUGUCUCGGUUGCUAUUCCAAGAACAGGAGGAGGAAAUUGGCCAAUUACAGCGUGUGGUGUGGGUGUGUGUGGGGGGGUGUGUCUCAGAAACACAACCAGAGGAAGGGCGAGCAGGGAGAUGAACGGUUCAAGGCUCACCCCCUGCCCACUUAUAGGUAGUUUUUACAGCUCUCUGAUGCCAGAAAAGAUCCUGGACCCUUGGGAGCAAAAAUGACUCAGCCAGGCAGAAAUGAAACAUGACAGAGCAUCCAAAUGGAGCCUUUAUUGGUGAUAGAACAAACAAACAAGCAAAAAGAGAUGACUUUUUUUUAGGAUAAUGUCGGAAUGCACUAGCACCUACACUUGUGUGUGCACAUUUGUCAGAAUAUAGGGUUUUGUCUUCAACCCAGUCUUGUUAGGACUUUGCAUGAUUGUCCACAAGUGAUGCAAUGCUGUCAUCUUCAGGUUCCCUAAUGGCAGAGCGGUGGUCCUCAGCCAUGCCCCCAGCACGUAGCACAUAGGUGUCUGAUAGAAGUUUGUAGAAUUUAACUUUUUUAUUUUGAGAACCAAAUAUAUAUAGGGCAUUGUUCUGGUGGGUGUAUCACGCUCCCAGAAGCCUGAAUUUGUGGUAGGAUCACUUGUAAGGAUUUGCAAGAGAGCCUCACCUGAAAUGAAAUAUCAGGGACUUUUAUUGAAUAAUUAAAGUUGUUUUAAAUUUAAAUUCAGGCAGUGUUAACAUGUCAAGGUUGCAGAAUGUGCCUUUUUCAGAGUCGACCAGGAGCUUUUGGCCAGGACCAGGAGAAGCAGGUGUGCCUUCGGGCCUCGCUCACGGGUGUAAUGGUCUCUAUCUCAACAGGGGCAGCACUGCGCAGCCUGGACGGUCCCUUUUCUCUGUGGUCACGGCAGCCCGGAACAAACUAGGAUCUGCCGUCUUUAUCAGAUACUGGCUGUCCAGAUAGAGCCACCUAAGCGAAAUGGCCAUCCUCUAAACUCUGUACCUCACGGUUUUCAGAUAACUCUCCCACUUCAUCUAACUUGAGCCUCACAAUAACCCUAGUUGGUAGAGCUUAUUUGUAUAUUAUCACCUUUUUUAAAAAGCUGGGGUCCAGAGUGAUUAAGGGCCUGGCCCGCAGGGUUGCCCAUCUCAAGGCAGAGUUGAGGCACUGUUUCAGGUUUGCCACUCUGAAGCUGAAUUCUUUCUCUCACACUGCACUUCUCAAGAAAUGAGCCCCCUGGAGUGUCCAGGUGCACUGCACAUGCCCUUGGCCCAGCUCGUGUGUUCAAGGGCCAGUUUGCUUUGUGGACAGAGUACAAGAUUCAAGCUGCGGUGCCAAGGUGGGGGUUCUGGAUGAGGGUGGGACAGAGUUGGCACAAACCCAUCCCUGCUCCAGGAAAAGGAAGUAAAAGUUGGGGUUAGAAUCUAUGGCUCUUCUUCCAGGAAACAUGUAGCAUACCUAAGUCAGAGCUUUCUGCUCUGCUUCUGGAAAAGGCUCAAGAUAGGGGGGCUGGGGCUCCCCUCCCACAUCCAGGCCGUGGUCACCACACAGGAUGGCCGCAGCUACAUAGGAGCUCUUGAGGGCCUGUUUGUAGGGGCAUGAGGUCAGUGGGAGAAUUACUGCCUUUACUUUGGCACUACUUUUUGCUGAUAACUUGAGAUUUCUUGAUAGUCUUUAGUCUCAGAAACCCCAUAUUUACUUCACGAGAUUUAGCUCCUAGAUCUUUGAGUAAAUAAAUUUCUAUUGUAUAAGAGUUAACACAGCUGUGAGUGGAAGCUGUUUCUGGACAACUUUUUAUCCCCUGGGAAGUGAUGAAAUAGGAACUCAGGGUGUACUCACCUCCUUCCCUGAUAUGGUCCCUGUCUUUGACUAGCAGACCCCCAAAUUACAGCACCAAAUGUUUCUUCUCUGUUCUAAAGUAGUACACCUUCCACAGGCUGGUCUGUUUCCCUGCCACUCUGAGUUAUCUGGAGAGCAAAAAUCACCAUCUAUCAACCAAGGGAACUCACCUAGAAUAACUUUAAGGUCCCUUUUGGCUCUGACACUGUAGGGUUCUUCAAGAAUCUCCACUUGGAAAUUUACCACCACCUGGAAAUUGGAAGGUAUGUAAUAAUAUGAUGACCAGCAGGUGGCGCUGUGUCCUAUUCGUGGUGAUGGAUGAUUGAAAAAGGAAUGUUGGUGCCUUUUGUGUCGCAAGUUAACGUUAAGAUGCUAACGUUUUAAUCAAAAUAAGCACUGAUCUUACAAAGAUAUGAGCUUUUCUCACAGGAAACUUCCUGUCAUAAAACCGAAGUCAGGAAUCACUGAAGAGCCAACAAGGUCCUUCCAAGUCAAGAUUUUAUCCUGAUUAGAAAUAGAGACCGUGUCUGGUUGAGAGAGUAGAUUGGUUGGAAGCUUAACUUACCUCCUGCCAGCUUUUAGGGUAAUUUGAUUGUGAAAGCAUGAAUUUUCUGGACAGAAAAGGGGAAAGUAUUAAAUUGAUUUUUUAAAGUAAGUUUAACAUCUGUUGUAUCACGGAUCAGUGUUAAAAUACUAAUACUGUAACCAAAAUAAAUGUCUUAUGUUACAAAGAAA